AUGGGCCCUUUUCCUUCAUCAGUAGGGAAUGAGUAUAUUCUAGUGGCUAUUGAUUACGUAUCUAAAUGGGUGGAAGCUAUGGCCACUGCAAGGAAUGAUGCUAAAACUGUGGUGAAAUUUAUCAAGAAAAAUAUUUUUUCUCGAUUUGGAGUACCUCGAAUACUGAUCAGUGAUGGUGGUCCACACUUCUGUAAUACCCAACUCCAAAAGGUAUUGGGACAAUACCAUGUGAAUCAUAGAGUGGUGUCCCCUUACCAUCCACAAACUAAUGGGCAAGUCGAAGUCUCUAACCGAGAAUUAAAGAAAAUACUAGAAAAAACAGUGGCAUUAAUUAGAAAAGACUGGUCAUCCAAAUUGGAAGAUGCAUUGUGGGCCUAUAGAAUUGCAUACAAAACUCUAAUUGGGCUAUCUUCGUUUCAAUUGGUAUAUGGCAAAUCAUGUCAUUUACUAGUUGAAAUGGAACAUAAGGCAUAUUGGGCUCUGAAAUUUAUGAACUUUGAUGAGAAGGUAUCUAGAGAGCAGAGAAAGAUCCAGUUACUGGAACUAGAAGAAAUGCGAUUAACAGCUUAUGAAUCUUCGCGACAUUACAAAGAAAAGGUGAAGAUGUAUCACGAUAAGAAGUUGUUGAAGAGAGAAUUCAAACCAGGACAAGAAGUACUAUUGCUUAAUUCAAGAUUGAAAUUAUUUCCUGGUAAGCUGAAAUCCAAAUGGUCUAGACCCUUUGUUAUUAAGAAAGUUCGAUCUUACGGUGAAAUAGAGCUGUAUGACCCACAAUCUCAGGAUCCUGAAAGGACAUGGGUUGUCAAUGGCCAAAGGCUAAAACUGUAUCAUGGAAAAAAAUUUAGCAAGACACAUAACACUAUUCAUUUGAUCGCCAAGUGA